AUGUCGGUAUUCACCCCCGUGCUGCGUCGUGCCACCCGACGAGCUACCGUGGCCUCGCCGGCGUUUAGAUAUUCGCUUGCCGGCACCACCAGGGGACUGCACAGCACCCCCCCUCUCCAUGACAGCGGCAGCGGCAACGGCAACAAGCCGGGCAGCCACGCCCGUACAGAUGGCGCCAUCGAGGUCGAGCACCCAGAGGAGCACGAGCUUCCCAGCAGCAAGCCUGUCCGCGGAACCGGAGGCCAAUACGUCAAGCCCACCCUCAGCACCUUCACCCUCGACAGGAAGGUUGGGCUGGUGACGGGCGGUGCACGCGGCUUAGGUCUGGUCAUCGCCCAGGGUCUGGUGUACUCCGGUUCCAACGUGGCCUUGGUGGACAUGAAUAGGGAUGAGGCGGAGAAGCAGAGAGGGCUGCUCGUCGACGCGUUCGUCAAGGAGAAUCCGAAUGCUGAUCUCGUGCCCAAGGUCACGGCUCACUAUGCCGACGUGGGCGACAGCGAGUCCGUCGACGCCUGCAUCGCAGAGGUGAUAGCGGCGCACGGCAAGAUUGACAACCUCGUCACGUCGGCUGGCUUCACGGAGAACUUCGAGGCCAUCAACUACCCCGUCGAGCGCAUCCGCAAGCUGUGGGCCGUCAACGUAGACGGCACGUACCUCUUUGCGACGGCCGUGGCCAGGCAUCUCAUGGAGCGCAGGAGUCCCGGGAGCAUGGUCAUGAUCGGCAGCAUGUCGGGCUCGGUCGUCAACGUCCCGCAGCCCCAAGCGCCCUACAACGCGUCCAAGGCUGCCGUUCGCCAGAUGGCCGCCUCCCUCGCCGUCGAGUGGGCCGGGGCGGGGAUCAGGGUCAACUGCGUCUCCCCCGGGUACAUGCUCACGGCGCUGACGGAGAAGAUCCUCGACGAGAGACCCGACCUCAAGACGAAGUGGACGUCGCUGAUCCCGCAGGGAAAGAUGGGUCAGCCGAAGGAUCUCAUGGGCCCCGUGGCCUUCCUCCUCUCGGAUGCGGCCGGGUAUAUCACGGGUGCUGAUAUCCGUGUCGAUGGGGGGUACACGGUAACCUAG